CGGAAUGUGGAUGUGAUCAGGACAAAGGACUGAUGUUAGAACCAGGUAUAAAUGGGGCUAUUGAUAGCAGCAAUCCUUGGUAAACCAGUUUAGCACCUGAGGAAAGUAUUUGAACCCUGAAAUGUCAUUCAGAUUCCUGGCUGAAUGACACAACCCCUCAUCUUAUCACUUGUUCUCUUUAGCCUCCCUUCAUCCAAUAUCAGAGGUAAAGUUGGUGUUUCCUCUGUCAUGCAUCCAACCGCCCUCCUGUUGCUGCUGACCGCCUACGUGGCUCAUGGUUCACUGCUGCAAUUUGCCAAAAUGAUGAAGUGCACCCAGCCUGAUGUCAACCCCUUCAUGUAUAAUAACUACGGCUGUUGGUGUGGCUUGGGGGGGACUGGAAAUCCAAAGGAUAAGCUGGAUGGGUGUUGUGAGGUCCACGACCACUGCUAUCAAGCGAGCAGGCAUCUUCCAGAUUGCCGUCCCGUCAUUGAUUACCCUUACAUCAAUCUGUACAGAUUCUCUUGCACUAAUGGGCAGGUCUCCUGUUCAGCCUCCAGCCACGUGUGCCACGUCUCAGUGUGUGAGUGUGACCGUGUCGCCACUAACUGCUUCGCCCAGUCGACCUACAACCCUGAGAACAAGAACCUGAACCCCAAAGUCCACUGUCUCUCCUGAGCCAAGUCAAAUCAGGAAGCAGCACCAACAUCUGAAACUAAAUAUGUAUACACAACUGUAGAGUCACAGAAUGUUUCACACAUGUGUGCCAUGUUUGCUGGAAUGGAAUUUAUUUUGCUAACAAAACUGACAACCUGAUUAAAUUAUUGAAUGGCACU